AUGGGGAUUGCAAAGAAGGACAAAAAGAUCAUUCUUCAACAUCUCCUUGUGCUCAUCUUAGAGCUGCUUACCACAAUUGCUUCAAUAGGUGGUAUUCAGAGAAGUUUGUCAAAGGACAGUGGGGCAAAGAGGAGUGUGUUUCUGAGUGGCAAAAAUACAGAGCUUGCCUUUCUGUAUCUCCAUUUCCCUUACUUUCUUUUCAUAUUUUCAGAACAUUUGGACGAUAAGCAUUUGAGUCGUUUUUUGGAAGCUGAAAUAAUCCCGUCUGAUUUAGGAAAGCCAGUUGAUGGUGUGGCCACAGGGGUUUCUCAGUGA